CCACAACAAGCAGCUUUCUCUCUCAGUGUGCCAGUAUGUUUUUUUUUAAGUGUGGAGUUUAUCAAAUUCACGAAAUGUACAGAGGACUGCUAUCUAUGAUUGUCAUAUGGAGUGUGACCGGGUUCAACAUUCAACUAAGUUCCGUGAAGAAUUUCACAAAUGACGAUCCGCUCUUUGGGCAAAACACUAUUCAGUCAACAGAUAGCUGCACUCAGAAGAAUGACUGCGUCAAACUAAAUUCUGAUGGUCUGAGACUAUCAGUGUCAGUAUCUAGCCUGACAUCAGAGGAGGAACAGCGUGUUGUGACGUGUGAUCAAGUUCACAUAAAAAAGUCAUUUACUGAGAAUGUGAAUGGAGAUUGCAAACUGAUGAGAAAUCCCACUAGGAAAGUCGUAUUGAAUCCUGCUGCAUUAGACAACUACAACAGCAACAACAACAACAACAAUCAUUAUCAAGAUGCUGGGACAGAGAUUGCUUUUGUGCUGGACGGCUCUGGUAGCAUUGAACCUGACGACUUUCAGAGAGCCAAAGACUUCAUCUACAAUGUCAUGUCCAAUGUUUGGAAAGCAUGUUUUAACUGUGACUUUGCGAUAGUGCAGUAUGGCAGUAGGAUCAGGACAGAGCUGUCACUGCUAGACAGUAAGAAUCAUGCCACAGCCUUGCAAAAGAUCAAAGAAAUACAGCAACUUGGCAAUCUCACAAAGACCGCCUCAGCCAUCCAUCAUGUCCUCACAGAUAUUUUCAUCCCUGAGAAUGGAUCAAAAAAUAACUCUAAAAAAAUUAUCAUUGUAUUGUCUGACGGAGAAAUUUUGGGAGACGCAAUGAAACUUACUGAUGUUUUGAACAUGCCACAAAUGAAAAGUGUCGUUCGCUAUUCCGUAGGAGUUGGUGACGGUAUUCUGAAAAAACCUCGAGCAGUACAAGAAAUGAAGGAAAUAGCAGAUCCUGAUCAGUUUGUCAGUGUUUCUGAUUAUGCCUCAUUAGAUGACAUUCGGUCCUCACUGGAACAAAAUUUAAUUGAAGAUGCUGCGAGAGAGAUUGCUUUUGUGCUGGACGGCUCUGGUAGCAUUCAACCCGACGACUUUCAGAGAGCCAAAGACUUCAUCUACAAUGUCAUCUCCAAUGUUUGGAAAGCGUGUUUCAAUUGUGACUUUGCGAUAGUGCAGUAUGGCAGUAGGAUCAGGACAGAGCUGUCACUGCUAGACAGUAAGAAUCAUUCCACAGCCUUGCAAAAGGUCAAAGAAAUACAGCAACUUGGCAUGAUCACAAAGACCGCCUCAGCCAUCCAUCAUGUCCUCACAGAUACUUUCAUCCCUGAGAAUGGAUCAAAAAAGAAGUCUAAAAAAAUGAUCAUUGUAUUGUCUGACGGAGAAAUUUUGGGAGACCCAAUGAAACUUACUGAUGUUUUGAACAUGCCACAAAUGAAAGGCGUCACUCGCUAUUCAAUAGGAGUUGGUGACGGGAUUCUGAAAAAACCGACAGCAAUAAAAGAGAUGAUGGACAUAGCAGAUCAUGACAAAUUUUUCAAUGUUUCCAACUAUGCUGCAUUAGAUGACAUUCUGUCAUCACUGGGACAAAGUUUAAUUGGAAUUAAAGAUGUUAGCAGUCACAUAGAAGGAGGGCAGGAGGAUGAUGGUGUAGAUGAGAAAGCGGAGAAUGUCACGCUACAAGAUGCUGGAACAGAGAUUGCUUUUGUGCUUGAUGGCUCUGACAGCAUUCAACAUAACGACUUUAAGAGAUCCAAAGACUUCAUCUACAAUGUCAUGUCCAAUGUUUGGAAAGCAUGUUUCAAUUGUGACUUUGUGAUAGUGCAAUAUGGUAAGGAGAUCAGGACAGAGCUCUCACUACUGGACAGUAAGAAUCAUGCCAGAGCUUUUCAAAAGGUCAAGGAAAUACAACAAAUUUUCAGUAUCGCAAGGACUGCCUCAGCCAUCCAUCAUGUCCUCACAGAUAUUUUCAUCCCUCAGAACGGAUCAAAAAUGAACUCCAAAAAAAUAAUAAUUGUAUUGUCUGACGGACAAAUGUCGGGAGACCCAAUGAAUCUUGCUGAUGUUUUGAACAUGCCACAAAUGAAAGGUGUCAUUCGCUUUUCCAUUGGGGUUGGUGAAGGCAUUCUGUCUAAUCCACAAGCAGUACAAGAGAUGAGGGAAAUAGCAGAUCCUGAUAAGUUUUACACCGUUUACAAUCAUAGUGCAUUAGAAGACAUUCUUUCCUUAAUGGACCAAACAGGGACUGAUUUUCACCCUCCUGCUCAGUUCACAAAAAUAUGUGUCAAGGUCUGAAGGCUCCAGAUCAUGGAUGAAGAUGGAUAAGAUUCCUUCUUCAAACAGAAGUGGAAAACCGUUUACUCAUCUUUUUUAUGAUUAUCAAAGUAGAUUUAGUCAUGAUUGAUAAUAAUAGUAAAAUGUCUUUAGAUGUCAUUAGAACCACCUUUCUAAUUGUCUGGUUAAGUUGUUGUUGUUGUUUUUUUUUUGGCCUUUUUUAUGCUUUUUAAUGGACAGGAUAGUAGAGAAUGACAAAAAAUUGUGGGGUGUAGAGUUGGGAACAGAAAUGGCAAAGGACUACAAGUUGGGACUCAAACUCAGGUCACCAGAGGUGCAAUUGCACUAUAUGCACUGGAAAACGCAUAAAAACGUGACUGAUUCUCUCACAGGUAGAUAUGAAAAUUGAAGACACAUUUCUAUCUAUAACUUACCAUUUUAAGACAACUGUGCACCAAAAUGUAUCUACGCAUUGGAAGCUGAAGCUGUCGCAGAAACAUCUUUGUAUUUAGAUGUAGCUUACUUUAAAGAGGUCAUCCGAUGCCCAUUUUCCACAAGUUGGUAUGGUUCUUUAAAGUCUUAAUGAGAAGUCUAUAACAUACUUUGGUUAAAAAUUCUCAGUGGUAAUGUAAAAAACACCCUUUUUACCUUUUUACGUAAUGAGCUCUGCUCACCCCAUCCCUCUCUUCUGUGGGGUAAUGAGCCGUAAUGUUUACUUUAGCUGCAAAAAACCUUUAUACUCACAUCUACUUUAGAUGCAUAAAAAACUCAUAUCUGCUGUAGGUGAAGAUAGGUCACGAGGGGAUAUUUCUUAUAUGAAAUUUUAAAAAUACCACUGGGUUGUUUUUUUUUUUUUUUUGUUUUUUAUUGCAGGGUGGUUGUGUACACACGCUGCCAACACACAUUUAUGUUCAAACAACAUGUAAAAGUUAGUUUUGCACCCGAUGACCCCUUUAAAAAAUAAUAUUAAUAAUAAUAAUUUAUUUUCGUAAUUAUUUAAUUUUGU